GAGCCCUCUACGCCUGCCACGACGACAUGGAAGCUAGGAGCCAGGCUUCCAGAAGACAGCUGUGCCUGCCUAGGAUCACUUGGCUGGCCCUGGCCUAUCUGCUCAGCUGCUUGCUUGCCUCCAGCAAGGCCAAGGUCUUCAGUCGCUGUGAGCUGGCCAAAGUGCUGAACGACUUCGGUCUGGACGGCUACCGGGGUUAUAACCUGGCUGACUGGAUCUGCCUUGCGUACUACACAAGUGGCUUCAAUACGGCUGCUGUGGAUCACGAAGCUGAUGGAAGCACCAACAGUGGCAUCUUCCAGAUCAGCAGCCGGAAGUGGUGCAGAAAUCUUACCCCAAAUGGCCCCAACAUUUGCCAGCUGUACUGCACAGACUUGUUGAAUGCUGACCUCAAGGAUUCUGUCAUCUGUCUCAUGAAGAUAGUUCAAGAGCCCGAGGGUCUGGGCUCUUGGGAGGCCUGGAGGCACCACUGCCAGGGCAGAGACCUCAGUGACUGGGUGGAUGGCUGUGACUUCUAGGGCCCCCUCCAGAUGGUCCAAGCCACACACAGUUGGUUGGGAAGUGUGGA